GGUCGCUCGCUCGCGCUCGCCGCCCGACAGUCGAGAUGAAGAUGGCCGCUGAGGUGAGGUGGCUUCUAGUUUUUCUUAUAUGUUGCGCCGUCUCGCCGGGCCACGGCGAGACGCCGCACCGGAAAUUCGAGUACAAAUAUUCGUUCAAGCCGCCGUACCUCGCGCAGAAGGAUGGCAGCGUACCGUUCUGGGAAUAUGGCGGAAACGCUAUCGCUAGUGCGGAGAAUGUCAGAGUUGCCCCAUCUCUCAGAAGUCAAAAAGGUGCAAUAUGGGCAAAGCAACCGACAAACUUCGACUGGUGGGAGGUGAACAUAGUUUUCCGUGUAACCGGUCGAGGAAGGAUAGGAGCGGACGGUUUGGCGUUCUGGUACACAAGUACGAAGGGACUUUACAACGGUACAGUCUUCGGUAGCUCGGAUAUGUGGACAGGGCUGGGAAUCUUCUUCGAUUCCUUCGACAAUGACAAUAAGCACAACAAUCCGUACAUUAUGGCAGUUGUCAACGACGGGACGAAGGUGUUCGAUCACACAAACGACGGCUCUACGCAGCAACUGUCAGGAUGUUUACGAGAUUUCCGCAAUAAGCCAUUCCCCACGCGAGCACGAGUAGAAUAUUACAAGAAUACGUUAACCCUACUGUUCCACAACGGUGUAACGGAGAACGUACAAGAUUACGACAUCUGCUUCCGAAUAGACAACGUUAUAUUACCGAAGAGUGGAUUCUUUGGCGUUUCCGCUGCUACCGGUGGUUUGGCUGAUGAUCACGACGUCCUGUACUUCCUCACUACCUCUCUGUACCCGCCCGGACAACUGCCAGUGAAUGGACACAAGGUUUCGUUAGAAGAACAGGCCAAACUCAAUCAGGAAUACUUAGAUUACCAGAAGAAGCUGGAGGAACAGAAGGAGGAGUACCACAAGGAACACCCGGACCGGCUACGCAAGAGCGAGUUCGAGGAUUACUUCGAGACGGAAAACCAGAGGGAGUUGCGACAGGUAUUCGAAGGCCAGAGUCAGAUAUUCGAGGUCUUACGUGGACUCCACAGCAAAUUGGACGAGGUCGUGGGCAGGCAAGAGCGAACAUUGAGCUUGAUAUCUCAGCUUCAAGCGGGUGGUGUGCAAGUCUCGGGUGGCCAGCCGGAUGGUCAGCCUAUGCUGAUAGACACCAUACGUCGCCAGGAGGUCGACGCUGUGUUGACCAAUCAGAAUAUCAUAUUGAACACAGCCAGGGAGAUCAAGUCGUUCGUGGGUGAGGUUCAUUCGAAGGCCGAGUCGAUCCUCAACAAUCAGGCGCGCGCACCGACAGCACAGGUACAGCCGAUGGGAUACGAUUAUCAAUCACUCAUAUCCGAGUUGCGAGACGGGUUGAACACGUUGAAGAGGGAUUUCCGACAAACCAAUACGGGCGGUGAUUGCCCUACCACAAAUUGUUUGUCGACAACUAUGUUCUUUAUGUUCAUCGCGAUACAAAUGAUAAUAUUACUGGCGUACAGUCUCUAUCGGGACAGUAAGGAAGCACAGAUGAAGAAGCUCUACUAACCAUCAUCGUUCGGUACCAUUCGUGAUGAACGUGCAAUACAUUCUUUGUUUGUGAAUUAUAUCUUAAUAUUUUUAUUACUUGUUAGUCGUAUACUCGCGAAGAAUGCGUCCCGACAUUUGUACAAUAAAUGCAUCCUUCAUCUGCCAGAUUGAUCUGAAAUUAUGAGACAUACGUCGAGUAUCAUCUCCGCGAGGAUCACGAGAACAUUUCACGGCAGUGUGACUGUUUCGCUGUUUCAACAACUGUUUCAACGCUGUUUAAACAAGAGAGAUUGCAUGUAUUAUAACUAUUGACUUCUGGCAGAGUGCGCGUGUGAAAUUCGGAGAAAAGAUCAAAUCGAAGUUAUAAAUUAGACAAACGAUAGAUAGUGAGAGAGAGAGAAAGAGAGAGAGAGAGAGAAAAAGAGAGAAAGAGAGAGGGAGAAAGAGAGUCUCUCGCCGGAGCUAUCAAAAGUGUUUUCGCAAGUUUCCGUUUGAGUCGUUAUAUAUAUAUACAUAUAUAUAUGUAUUAUAUAUAUAUAUAUAUGUAUAUACACAUACAUAAUAUAUAUAUAAUAUAUAUAUAUACAUAUAUUUUUUUACCGUUGAUGGUCGCGCAAGCAUAUUUAACGUUACGCACACGUAUCCGUUUCCGUGGUCUUUUUUUCUUCUUUUUUAUUUUAUAUAACAUUAUAUCGAUUUCUCAUUGUACUAGUAACGAAGCUUUCGGUGCAGAUCUUUGUACAUUUUAUAUAUGAAGCAUUUAGUAUUUGAGUAUACGAUGCUUACGAUUACGUUGCCCGUAAGGAUCGUCGCUCAUAAAGAAAGAAACGUGAUGAAUUAACUAUUCCAUCAGAGGCUAUUGUAGUGGAGAAUGUCGUGUGUCAAAA